CUUGGAUUCUUCAUGGUUUGGGCUUUGGCAAAAUCAAGCAAACUCGAGUUGAGCAUUUCAUUUGUUGUUAAUCUCAAACGUUUUCCCAUGUGUUGUGAUGAUAUAAAUUGUUCAGAUUCAUCCAUAACUGAUCUGAUCUGAUACACUACAACUAAUAUUCGUAAAUUCUAAAAGAUCUGAAGAAUCAAUCAUGUCCUACGCUUACCUUUUCAAGUACAUCAUCAUCGGUGAUACCGGGGUUGGAAAAUCAUGCCUUCUUCUGCAGUUCACAGACAAGCGUUUUCAGCCAGUUCAUGAUUUAACCAUUGGUGUUGAAUUCGGUGCCAGAAUGAUCACCAUAGACAGCAAACCAAUAAAGCUGCAGAUCUGGGACACGGCGGGCCAAGAAUCAUUUAGAUCUAUAACAAGGUCUUACUAUAGAGGUGCUGCUGGAGCACUCCUGGUUUAUGACAUAACCAGGAGGGAAACUUUCAAUCACCUUGCAAGCUGGUUGGAGGAUGCUAGGCAGCAUGCAAACGCUAAUAUGACUGUUAUGCUUAUUGGUAACAAGUGUGAUCUUGCACACCGACGGGCUGUUAGCACUGAAGAAGGGGAACAGUUUGCCAAGGAAAAUGGUCUCGUAUUUAUGGAAGCCUCUGCCAAAACCGCACAGAAUGUCGAGGAGGCAUUUAUAAACACAGCGGGAACAAUUUAUAAGAAGAUUCAAGAUGGAGUUUUUGACGUAUCUAACGAGUCUUAUGGGAUUAAAGUCGGGUACGGUGGCACUGCCGGGCCGUCAGGUGGAAGAGACGGGGCUCCUGCUCAAGGAGGAGCCUGUUGCAGUUAAAAAGAAACGACCAACUUCAUCACUUGAUCCAUUCUUGUCUUCUUCUGACCAUGUCGUCGCUCAUAUUUGUCUUUUUUUUUAAACACAUGUAGAUUCUUAAUUUAAUGCUUCUUUCAGUGAUUAUGAUCAUUGUGAUUAUUGUCUUUU